CUGCUGGACGCGCUGCGGGCGGCCCUGCUGCGCCGGGAAGGGCCUCUAGUGACAUUGAACAAGCCAGCGGGGCUGCCCGUGUCAGGAAAGCCAGGAGAGCUGACGUUGCAGUCAGUGCUGCCCGAACUGAGCCAGUCCCUGGGUACUGGGGAGCUCCACUUGGUGCGAGCACCUGGGAAGGAGCCUUCCGGGCUUGUACUACUCUCCAGUUGUCCCCAGACAGCAAGCCACCUGCAGAAGUUCUUUACCCACUGUAGGAGGGCCCAGAGGCCCACAGCUACCUACUGUGCCGUCACUGAUGGCAUCCCGAGCCACUCUGAGGGGAAGAUCCGCGUGGCCCUGGCCCUGGCACACACUGAUGGCGUCAGCCAGGGGGUUCCUGUCAAGUGCCCAUCCCGAAAGGACAUCACGGAAGGCGUCAGGAGGACCCUCAGCCUCUUCCGUGUCAUGGCCGCGGGCUCGGGCUGUGCCCUGGUGCAGCUGCAGCCACUGACAGCGUUUCCCGAUCAGCUGCAGGUACACAUGGUACUGCAGCUCUGCCCGGUGCUCGGGGACCACACGUACGCUGCGCGAGUGGGCACCGUCCUCGGCCAGCGCUUCCUCCUGCCAGCUGAGAAUGCCAAGCCCCGGAGACAGGUCUUGGGUGACGCUCUGCUCCGCCGCCUCCGCCUCCCUCCCUCCCAGGCUGCCCAGCUGCCUCUGCACCUCCACCUGCACCGCCUUCUCCUCCCAGGCACCAGCCCCGCGGGCGCUCCUGCCGAGCUCCUGGCUCCCCUGCCCCCCUAUUUCUCCAGGACUCUGCAGUGCCUGGGGCUCCCUGAGCCGUAGCCUUUCCACUGGUUUACUGUGUGGCGCUGGGCAAGUGGCUUCUCCGUGGACUUGAAAUAAUAAAAACUCCUACCUCA